UUACCCAACACCGGCAGUGACUAAGGAAGGAGAGAGAGAGGAGAGCAGGAGGCCAGCGGCUUUGCCCACAACCAGGAGGAGAAGGAGACAGAGGGACAGGUCCCCGGGGAAGAGCAGAUAUUAAGUCCGCCAAAGGGACCAGGCGCCGAGAAAUACUACUGGUAGUGCAAGGGGGCAGAAAUCAGGUAUGAACUGUGCCUCCAAGAACGACAGCAACCCGGAGAGCAAAACGCAUUACCGGACACCGGCACUCUCCGAACUGCAGAGGCUGAUAUGGAGACGAGGAGGAUCCGACAGCCACGUGGACCGAGUGUGGCCAAACCUCUAUCUUGGAGAUGCAUGGGCAGCUAGAAGCAAGACCGUUCUUCAGGAACUGGGCAUCACCCACAUCCUGAAUGCAGCAGACGGACCGUACAAUAUCAACACUGGCGCUCGAUAUUACAGGGACCUGCCCGUUGAGUACUAUGGGGUACAGGCCUUCGAUGAUACCUCCUUUGAUAUGAGCAUCUUCUUCCAGGACGCUGCUGAUUUCAUGCACAAAGCCUUAAAGACUGGAAAAGGCAAAGUGUUUGUACACUGCGCUAUGGGGUUAAGUCGCUCGGCAACUUUAGUGCUGGCUUACUUGAUGAUCCAUGAAAACUUGACACUCGUGGAGGCCUUAAGAGCAGUCGAUUCACACCGAGGCAUCUGCCCGAACACAGGAUUCCUCAGCCAGCUCCGGGCCUUGGACAUUAGAUUAAAUAAUGAGAGAAACGGUUUCCCAGCACUGUGACAAAGAGAUGAUGAAGUAACACUGCAAGGAUCAACGGAGGUAGUCUGUGGGGUGGUCACCAGCUCGUUUCGCGUUUUAACUUAGUUCCAGGAUCUGGAGCAGUUCCGGGCCAGGUUUUACUCAGGUCUCUGGAUGAACUGGCUACUGGAACUGCUAUGAAGUAUUCUGGUAGGCCAGAGUUCCCCAACAUGGCACCAGCAACUAACCCUAACCUUUCCUGGCAC